GACCGGGAGUAUCCCCCCGCCUUGGACGGGAGGGACCCUGCCUUCCUUCUGCGAGGAAGAAGGGGCCGAGCCACCCUGCUCCCCGCCCCGGAGGGGGUGAGAGCCGUCCUGCUCGGCGCCGGGGGCUCGGCGGGGCAGGGUGCCCGGGCCGUUCCCUCGCUGCGGCCGCCGUCUAUGGGGCACUAGUGAGCCGCCCUCCAGCGCCGGGAGACGACGCAGCCCCGGCGGGCAGGGCUGGGCCGGGGGGGCCGUGCGGCGGGUGGCACCCCCCUUCUCUCUUCCUCCUCCUCCUCCUCUUCUUCCUCCUCCUCCUCUUAACUUGGCCACGGCGGCGCGGGGCGGUGCGCUUCGCCCUGCGCCGGCGGCGGGGGAUGUGCGGGCGGCGCCGGGAUGGCUUCGGCCGUGUUUGAGGGCACCUCGCUGGUAAACAUGUACGUGCGGGGCUGCUGGGUGAACGGCAUCCGGCGGCUCAUCAUCAGCCGGCAGGGCGACGAGGAGGAGUUCUACGAGAUCCGCACCGAGUGGUCGGACCGCAACAUCCUCUACCUGCACCGCAGCUACUCCGACCUCGGCCGCCUCUUCAAGCGACUCCUCGACUCCUUCCCUGAGGACCGGCCCGAGCUGUCCCGCUCCCCCUUGCUCCAAGGGCUCAUCACAAUAAAAGAAGCCCAUGAUAUAGAAGCCAGACUUAAUGAAGUGGAAAAGCUUCUGAAGACUAUUAUAAACAUGCCCUGGAAGUAUUCAAGGUCUGAAGUUGUCCUCACAUUCUUUGAAAGAUCUCCUUUGGACCAAGUUCUAAAAAAUGACAAUGUCCAUAAAAUUCAGCCAAGCUUUCAAAGUCCAGUUAAAAUAUCAGAAAUCAUGCGAUCAAAUGGAUUCUGUUUAGCCAACACUGAAACCAUAGUCAUUGACCACAGUAUACCUAAUGGAAAAGAGAAGCACCUGGAUGUAGAUUCAGCAGAACAUUUGUUUGAAAGUGUUAGUGACUUUACCUCAGAGCUGGAAGACAGUGAUGAUCCAACAGCUUAUGUCACCAAUUUGACAUACUACCACCUGGUCCCAUUUGAGACUGACAUUCUGGACUGAGGCUGCUCAGUGGUGCAGUCAGCCAGCGUCCAGCCAACCUCAUCGUCCAUAGGCUCUGCUAUCUCGGCGUUGCAUCUCUGUGUAUAAGGCUGUGCAGACAAGACCAACAGCAGGGAAGCUGCAGCAAGAGCACCACAAAGCUGGUUUUGUAGUGUGGUCCUCUGUUGUGUGUUAUGGAGACAUCUAGUAAGGAGUUAUCUGCUUUGCUGCUGACAACAAACUCACUUUCUGUGAAAGCAAGGCAGUAGAGGCUUCCUGGGGAUCAAGGAAAUCUCUGCUAUGUCCAUGGGAAUUGCCACCCUGAUGCAGCUGUAGCACACUGUCACCCGUGCUCCCUGUGGUGCAAGUUGAGACCUCCCCUUUUAGGAUACCACCAGGAACUUCCUCAGAUGGCGUGACCACACUUUUUAUGCUUUGUAAACAGGAAGACAAGCAAACCAGCUGAACUUUGCCAGUUCCCUCUGCAGUUGCUUAAUGGAGGUCUCGUGGGUCGCUUUUUGCUCAGCUACCGGAUGACUGGUGCCUUACACGAGAUGUCAGAAAUACCACUGAGUGCCUCCAGGAAACAAAACACACGAGCUGACAGCUUUACUUCUUUUAAUCAUGGGCUUUUGUAUAAUCACUGAAAGGGCGACUGCUCCUUCCUGGAAUAGUAAAGCAGACAGCAGCUGGCGUUGCAAUGAACUGUGCAUGAUGUUUGGGUACCCGGAUGAUUUCAGAAGUCUGAAAGCUAAUGGGAAAGCUGAGCUGCUCUGCUAAGAAGGGUCAAGGCUAUGGCAGGCACUUCGAUAAUUUUUUUUUUCAUGUGGACCAGCGUAUGUGAAUGGUGCUUACAGAUGUUUACAUCAGAGAGAUAAUUCCCUAUGCAUAUUUCUUCCCAGAGGAUGGGAAGGAAGACACUGAGAUUUAUGUUGUGUUUGGACUGAAAAGGAAUGAUAAGCUGCAGUGUGCCUGCAGUGGUAGGAAAAACAGUCUCUCCAUUGCCACCCUGUCUCAAGGAGUCUGUCCAGCUUUCUGAGAUCUUCCUGGAGGGGUCAGCUGCAGGCCUCGUUGUUGUGUAAUGCCACAGAUUUCAGCACAGACAGGACAGUGGGAGCAAGAGUGGGAUUGGACCCUGCAGCCUCUUGACUGUUGAGUAGUGCAAUGUUAAAGUCUCCUCGGGGUCUCUCCCUGGCAGAGCACCCCAAAUUCCCGGCUCUCAUUGUGAGUGCUCAAUACUCACCAACACGACCUUUCAUCGAGCUUUUUGCCAUCCUUUUGCAAAUAUUAUUUUGAAGGGAUUGAAAUGGGAAGAAAUGCAUUUUUGGACAUGUUUCUUGGAAAACAGGCUUGCUUGGUCCUGAAGAAGCUGAUAUAACUCCCUUCUGCAGACUUUUUGUUUCUAUCUAUAGAAUAACAGUCAAAUGGAAUUUGUUAAUGUAAAUAAUAAAUUAUUGAGAAUCCUAAUUCUUUUACACAGUAUGUUUUUAAAAUAUAUUUUAAUGAAAUGAAAUAAAAUAUAACUCACCUUCAGUACA